UAGUAAAUGAGCAGCAGACUGAGGGGUCUGAAAACAUCAUGUACACACCCAUCCCUCAGAGUGGCUCUCCGUUCCCAGCCUCGGUCCAAGACCCAGGUCUGCACAUCUGGCGUGUGGAGAAGCUGAAGCCGGUGCCCAUAGCACGAGAGAACCAUGGCAUCUUCUUCUCCGGGGAUUCCUACCUGGUGCUUCACAAUGGCCCGGAAGAGGCCUCCCAUUUGCACCUGUGGAUAGGCCAACAAUCAUCCCGGGACGAGCAGGGGGCCUGUGCCGUGCUGGCCGUGCACCUCAACACGCUGCUUGGGGAGCGGCCGGUGCAGCACCGUGAGGUUCAAGGGAAUGAGUCCGACCUCUUCAUGAGCUACUUCCCACGUGGCCUCAAGUACCAGGAAGGUGGUGUGGAGUCGGCAUUUCACAAGACAACCUCGGGGACCACCCCAGCAGCCAUCAAAAAGCUCUACCAGGUCAAGGGGAAGAAGAACAUCCGUGCCACCGAGAGGGCGCUGAGCUGGGACAGCUUCAACACCGGGGACUGCUUCAUCCUGGACCUGGGUCAGAACAUCUUCACCUGGUGCGGUGGGAAGUCCAACAUCCUGGAACGGAACAAGGCUAGGGACCUGGCCCUGGCCAUCAGGGACAGCGAGCGGCAGGGCAAGGCCCAGGUGGAGAUUAUCACCGACGGAGAGGAGCCAGCCGAGAUGAUUCAGGUCGGGGACACUGGGGCGGAGCUUCACACACGCCGGGAGGGUGAGCCCUCUCCCGUGGUUGCACCCCAUCCUCUUCCCCUUCUGAAAUCUUGUUCCUGUGUUCCAGGGCGGAAAGCUAAUGAGAAGGAGAGGCAGGCAGCCCUCCAAGUGGCUGAUGGCUUCAUCUCUCGGAUGAAAUAUUCCCCAAACACUCAGGUGGAGAUUCUGCCCCAGGGCCGAGAGAGUCCCAUCUUCAAGCAAUUCUUCAAGGACUGGAAGUGAGGGUGGGUGUGCCCGGCCCUGCUCUCCUGCCUGCCGCCACCUGCCUGCUUGUUCCGCCUCUGGCUGCUGAGUCAGCACCGAGGUGCCCUCCGGAUGCUCAAUAAAGGAGACACAUUCCGUUCCCA